UUACAAUUAUUGAGAAUUUAAUUUAAUUCUAUUUGGUUUAAAUUGUUUGGUUUCUGGAGAAUUUUAGUUUAUAAUUUGAUCGAGCAACAGUUUGUCUUAAUUUGUCCAAAUUUGUCCGAUUGUGAUUCUUUUGGUUGAGUAACUUUUCUCUUAAAAAUUGGAGAAAACAAGAAAUAGAAACAAAAAAUGUCCAGUGAAUGUGGUCCAAGGUAUUUAAGAGUUAAACGUAAAUCUGAUGAGGAUCCAUGUUACUCUUCAAGACAAUAUAAACGAUGUAAGUUUGUUGCAUCAGUGAAAACAACCUUAUUACAAGAUGUUCUCAAAGUAAUUAACAAUCAGAACAUUCAAGAUGCUGAUAUAAUCGAUGUUAAUCAGACUGUUGGUGAACAUGACGAAGAUGAAGCACAACACAGAGAGCUAAGUGAAGAAGAUUCAACCUUCCGUGGAUUUGUUUAUGACAUUUAUUGUCUACAAGAUUUGGAUAAUAAUUUGUACAGUGUAAAUGAAGAAGAUGAAGAGUCCGAUAAUGAUUCAAAUGAUGAAAAUAAUCCUCGUAAUGAUUAUCCAGAUGAAGAAAGUUAUGAUUUUAAUGAGUUAAAUUAUUAUCAGGAUUGGCAAGAUGAGGAUUACAGAUUACGAGAAAAAUUUGAUGAUUUUACCAUGAAGGGAAGAGGUGAUGAAGAUGAAACUUCCAGUGAAGAUUCACUUUCUCGUAAUUGUGAUGAUGAAGCUGAUGAUGGUGAUGAUUUUGAUCCAGACAAGGUUGAUGUACCUUUUAGUAGAGGAUUAAACAAAACCACAAUUUAAUUCUAUUCAUCAAAAUCAAAAUAUCUUCCUCAUCUUCUUCUUACCUUUGCAUCUCUCUCUCUCUCUCUCUCUCUCUCUUUCUCUCUCCAUAUCUUCUUAUAUCUUCUGUAUACUAUCAAUAUUAUACAUUCUAUGUAUAAUAAUAAUGAUAUAUUUUCUCCUCUCCAAUUUGAUAUCUCCCAAAUUUAAUGAAACAAUUUUGUGAAAUGAUCAUAAUUAAACAAAUUACAAAUGUGAAAA